UCUAUCCAUCAAUGUCCGCAUUCGCAAAAUAUCACAAAAAAUAGUUUUCUUUUUCACGCACUAUCGCAUAAUAACACAAAUGAAAAUUGCAGCUAUACAGCUAUAGAACAUCAAUCAAAUGUGCAGCUAUGACACAGCCGAACCAAAUAAACGUAGACAUUGAAAAUGUUCCUCCAUCCGAAGUAUCGCCUCGGAAUAAUGUUUUGGUCAGGUUGGACUCAAUCUCUAGGCCUUCGCCAACAAACAGGAACAAUGUGGGGCUCGGGGACCGCCUCAGCAGUGUCUUCAGGGAGAUUAGACCACUCGUUGAGCAUGCCCGAAUGGGUAAUAAUGCAAGGUUAUCCCUACCGACAUGGCUUCCUCGGAACCCACCUGGCACACAUCAAGCAACAGAAGUCCAAAGACCACAGAGUUCUAUAGCACAUGUGAACUUGGGCCCCAACGCCCAGACAUACAUAGUGAAUGAGCGGGUGGUCCUGGGCUCCCUGCCAUUGUCCCCUACACAUGGAAUGAGUAAUGUGGCCAUUGGGGAGCCUGAAGCUCCUGAGCCAGCUACAGAUCUCCAGGACAUCAAUGUGUCUGUCAACCCGUCUAACAAUAACAAUAUACAUGACAAUGUGGAUAAUGAUAGCCAAAGUGAAGAUGGCACGCAACAGGUAGUAGAUGUGCGUGGAACACUGAACCUACUGAUCCGGUAUGCGCCAUUCUACUUUAUCCUGUUCAUCAAGUUCCUGUACGACGCGCGCGCGGGGCUCUUUGCCUUUUUCCUGCUCUUCUUCACGUUCUCACAUGGAAAUACUGCUGUUAAGCGAGAGCACGCCGCGCAACUGAACCGGAGCAUACUAGUGCUCGGCUUUGAGCUGGCGUGGACGGCCGGGUUCGUGGCCGUGGUGCAUUACGUGUUCGGCGACGGCAAGCUGCUGCCGAACGUGGUGAUGUUCCCCGCCUACGCGGGCCCCAUCGACGUGUGGGAGCUGCUGUGGCUGGUCGUGCUCACAGACCUCAUCGUCAAGAUCAUCACGGUCGACGUCAAGAUAUUGCUCACUAUGAUGCCUGCGUGCUUGCUGCCCAUUCAGAAAAGGGGUAAAGUGUACCUGUUCGUGGAGUCGGUGUCGCAGCUGUACCGCUGCCUGCUGACCAUCCAGCCCUGGCUGUUCUACCUCAUGCAGUCCUACGAGGGCUCCGAGAAGAUGGUCGGCAUGUUCCUCGUCUCCAUAUACGUGGUGGCUAAGCUGAUUGAGCUGCUCAUGAGGAUACGGCUCUUCAAGAACGCUACGUGGACCAUGCUGCAGAGUGUGAAUUUCGGCACGAAGCCAACGAGCGAGCAAGUCCUCGCUGCAGGUGAUGCGUGCUCUAUCUGUCACGACGACUUCAAGACGCCCGUGCGGCUGUCUUGCUCGCACAUCUUCUGCGAGCCCUGCAUCUCCGAGUGGUUCGACAGAGAGCACACGUGUCCGCUCUGUCGCGCCUCCGUCGAGGACGGCCAUGCGUGGCGGAACGGCUCCACGACCUUUGACUUCCAGCUGUACUAGUGUGGACGCUCAGUGGAAUAGUGUGGCUAGGGCUAGUUAGGGCUCGGUCGAACCUUUCAGUUCAAGUCUUGACUUGAAUGCUCGACCAAGCCACCUAAUCGAAUGCAGUGGACUGCAUGGUAUGGACGGUAAACGCACUUGGGUGUUCUAAAUGAGCUUUAGCGUGAUUCUUGUUUUAGGUUAAGCUUUGGUUAAUUAAGCGGAAUGCCAAGCCGGUGUGACGGUCGCGUAGCUCAGGGUGGUAUUACGUCUAACCAAUAUCUUGGUCCAAUGUCAUUGCGUCUCACUCUCUCAUGAAGCAAAAUGUGAGACAAAAUACCCAUUGGACAAAGAAAUGGGAUAGGCGGAAUAACUUUCAUGCAUCCCAAAAAGGUUUAAUAUUAGGUACUCAAUAGGGUGGGCCGUUUGAGUAAAUAUUGGAAAUAAGCAAUGUAAUACCACCUAAAAGAUGCGUAAUUUUAUGUAGAUAACGAGAAAAAUAAUUAAAAAAAUCUAGCUAUUUACUUUGAGCCCUCUACCAACGAUUAAGUGUAAAAAUUAAAUAUAUUUUUUUAAAUAAAAUUUCAUUAUAUUUUUUUUUCAUUUUUAUUUUUUGUUUGAAGAAAGCAAUGCCUUAAGCAUCCGACAUGAUUUUAACGUUCGUCAAUUACACUCCUAAACAUUUUUUUCUGAAGUGAAAAAGUACUCGUAAAUUGCGUUUUUCGGAAAAAAACUUUUUAAUAUAUGGCAGACGCCCAAAUUUAUAUGUGAAUCCUAUUCUAGGCCCAUUAGUGAACAAUAAAAUAAAAUAGAUCAUAAAAAUAUAUACUGUUUAUAGCAAACCAAUGAGAAAAAGCACAUCGUAAUAUGCAUGAAUUGGCAUAAAACGCAACUUUUGCCUAAGUUUACAAAAAUAGGAAUAAUUGUAAAAAUGCAUAAUAAAAAUGCCAAAAACUGUUUUUAUCAUAUUUAAGCAGUUCUACUUUCAUAUUCAAUAUAAACUAAAAAUUUAUUGUAUAUAUUAACGACACUUCUCGUAUUUCAUGCGAUAAAGUGAUAAUUGUAUUUUAUAUGAACUGUUGGGGGGUUUUAUUAUAUGAUUUUAGUGAAAGUUAAGAACUAAAUACUACUGAAUUAGGUUAGUUAAUGGUCUAUUUAUGUUAUAUUAUAAUAAUUUUAAUAAAUAAGAGCCAUCCAAUAUUUUUAAUUUUUUUUAAAUUUUGCCCAAUUUUUUUUUUCUUCGUCGGCUGGUAGAGGGCUAAAAAUAAUACCUAUUUUGAUUAUUUUUGCUAGAACUGUAAUCUACGCAUUAUUACGCAACUUUUGAUACCUAUUACGAUAUGAGUUUUGAAUAUUUAUUUUCUUCCAUACAAAAUCGGCCCACCCUAGUACUCAAGUUAUAUAAAAUGCUCUUUAUCCUUUCGCACUUACACCAGACCGUGGACAGAUCCGUGGAGUUUUGAUUAAUACUCGUACAAAGAAGAGAAAAGAGAAUUCAAAGCCUACUAACACGGAUCUAAAUUCGUCACGCCGGCGAAGAUUGGCCUAAAAGUUGACUAUCUCUGAGUUCAAGCGGGCGUCCAUUUGCGAAAAUAUUAUUUGAAUAUUGUCUUGUAGGAAGCCUUUUUGUGUCAGUUCGUUAUUUAAUCUAUGUAUUCUGCUUCAAUAACCUAUUUUUGUGAUAAUUUUACGUCUAUAGUCCUUCUGUCCUUGUUUACUGAUAUAUAUAGUGAGGUAUAUUUACCUGUAUGUUAGAUAUGUUUGUGGCUGAAUGCAAGCCGGUCCGUCAGUGUCCCGGCCGGCCUUACCGUAACCGUGAUAUUAUAUUGGUCAGUGUAGAUAGUGUUUAAAGCUAUAUUUUCUUACUAUCCUUGUUGUACAUACAGUAGUGGUGUCAUGUGCUAUAACACAGAUUACGUGAAAUUACAGAAGAAACGUUAGUGUUUAAAAACAUUUUAUAUUUGUCACGCGGUGGGGUUAACGUUCCUUUUUAAUGACAAGGAAUAAACUGAUAACUACCUAGAGCAGUAAUAGUUCGUGGAGCGUCUUCUCUGGUAUUACGUAAUCUAUGGGCACAGACAGUAAAGUGGGAUAGAUUUGAACCACGGAUUUGUCGAAAUUGUUCCCUUAAAACCAUUAAGGUAGGUCGAUAAAAAUGUUCAAAAAAUUAGGGUUACCUAUUCUUACUAGUUACCAGCGAGUUGUCACCAGUGGUAACAACUUUUUCCCCACCUACUUGGUGGUAACUAGUACAGUAUUGGCACUGUAUGAUACAGUGUAUAUACACUGCUGGAUACUUGAAUUAUUAAACCAGCAUUCUGAAAUUACAAGGCUGCUUUUGGAGUUUCUUACUUGCCACAUAGCUACUGUAGAAUGAUUGAUUUCAGAAUAAUUUCCCACUUUGUGCGGCAGUGAUAAACAUGGUUUUUUUUUUCAAUUUCGUUUUAAUAUUUACGUAUUUACCUAAAUAUUACAAACGAUGACCAUAUUACAUAUUACCAUACAAAUAGAAUUGGACCUUAUCACUGAGGAAUAAGGUUGACUAAAAUACGCUUCAGUGGCCUUUGCGACUGCGAUGCAAGUUAAUAUUGGAGGUUAUUCACUCCGUGCAUGGCUGUGGCGCCACCCUAGUGGGCGUGGGAAAGUUGCUCAUUUGACAGUUCGCAGCUGACAAAUAGCAUGAAGAUAUCGUCCUAGGAAACUUCAUAUUUUCACCACAUCGUGUGUUGGUGUCGCUUGUAUUUCCUCCACCACCAACUUCGCACAUAGCCAAUAGCGUGGCGCCUAAUUUGCGCCUCCAUAUACUACUAGGGAUAGCGGUAUGGUAGCCUUUAUCCCUUUGCGAUACGGUUUAGAAAUGGUCAGUUCACUUCAGUACAGUGUUCCUACGGCCUAAAUCCGCGCAGACAGUUGAUUCUUUACACCCUCAAAUUCAUAAAACCCUGGACAGUCAAGGACCCAAGUUAACUUGACAAUAAGAUUGCUAGAUUAUGUGUAGUAUGGAUGAGAAAGCAUACUCUUAUAUUUUUUACAUAAUUUUGGUUAUUAACCACCCAUUAUCUC